UCAAGUCCCAAGAGUGAUCUGUCGCCAUAAUGACCAUGCACCUUCUUGUAUUGUACAGUAUUUCAUUUCAUUAAAGUAACGUAGAUAAUUUUACGCAAAACAAGUUUUUCAUAAUUGAACAUAAUUUUUUUUACACAUUCAAUGAAACAAGUUUUCAAAGGGCUAAAGGUUGUAUAGUCAUUUCAAAACAUACUUUAAUAGAUGAAGGACAUCAGUUAAUUCUUUUGGAAUUUGUACUUAUAUUGUUAUCUUGUUUACUCUUCAAGCCAGAUAGACCAAUGAGACAUAAACACUUAGUAUCUAUAAUGAUAACCGUACAAUAUUCAUAUCCAAGGUAGAACUAACAUGCAGAGAUAACUCUCCAUUUCAAACUUCACCAUAGUCUUGACAAACUGCUGACACAAUCCACUUUAGAAAAAUGUUGAAUUCCGUGUGUUCGUUGUCCAUUAUGACUCAAAUUGGAUUACUAAUUUUGGUUGUAUUGGGUGUCAUAAAAGCGUAUCUCAUCCUGACGACGGGAGUUUGCACCAGUACGAAGAAGUUGACUGGGAAAACUGUCAUCAUCACAGGAGCAAAUACCGGUAUCGGCAAGGAAACGGCGCUUGAUCUGGCAAAGAGAGGAGCACGAGUCAUUCUGGCAUGUCGAGAUCCUAAGAAAGCAGCCAUUGCAAAAGAGGACAUCAUUCGUGAGUCACGUAACAAAAAUGUGUUUAUUCGCCAACUUGAUUUGACGUCGCUCAAAUCCGUCCGCAAGUUUGCCGCAGACAUUCUCAAGAGUGAGCUUCGUUUAGACGUCCUAAUCAAUAACGCUGGCUGCGCUACCAUUGAGAAGAAGUUGACAGAAGAUGGACUCGAGGUUCAGAUGCAGAGCAAUCAUUUCGGGCACUUCCUUUUGACCAAUCUGCUGUUAGGUUUGCUGAAAAAAUCUGCUCCCUCUCGUAUUAUAUUCGUCUCUUCCAUGGCGCACUCCCAGACUAACACAUUGGACUUGAACAACUUAAAUUCGGAACUGUCUUACAAUACCGGCACAGUAUACUUUUAUUCCAAGUUGUGCCAAGUUCUCUGUACUCGACAUCUCGCACCUCUCGUUAUCAAAUCCGGUGUAACCGUCAACUGUUUGCAUCCUGGUGCUGUCAAAACUGAAAUCUUUCGCAACGCUCCAACAUGGUUCCAGAUGGUAGCCGCGGUCUGCAUUCCACUUUUCUUUAAGUCGGCCAAAGAAGGUGCGCAGACAAGUAUUCACUUGGCUGUGGCUGACGAAGUCGCCAACGUUACAGGAGAAUAUUUCAGCGAUUGUAAGAUUGCUAAAACGUCCAAGUUGGCAAAAGACCUCGAAUUAGCCAAGAAGCUGUGGGAGGUCAGUGAAACUUUUGUCAAGUUGAAGCCAGAAGAGCGCCAUUUUUAAAACACCAUUAAAACAAGGUGAUUGUUUUUGUGGACGUCCAAUAAAAUAGGAGUUCAAUGAU